AUGAAAUCUAACUUUGACCUCAGCUGUGGUUCCUCAAAGAGCCGACACUUUGUCAGAUCGACAUCGUUUGAAAAUCCUGAAUCAUAUAAAUGGUGGCGCAAAGUCUCUGCCAUCAAAACCAAACCAAAUUCUACAGUAAGUGUUAAGAAAACCAUUCAAUCUUCAACAAUGAAAUACAGAGAUAAUAAUAUUAUUAUUCAUAAAAAUUCUUCUGGCAGCUUUAAACGCAAGGCAUUCCUUUUUUCUGAUGAGAAUUUUAAGAAAACCCCGUUAAAUAGGAAGGAAGAUGGAGGAGAAAGGGUGAGGGUUUUGAGAACUCUUUCAAUGUUCAGAGCGAAAUGCAAGGAAAUCUCAAGAUCCCGAGUUUCGGUUUCAGUAAAGGAUAUAAGAAGGAUUGAUUUCAAAGCUAAGGAAGAGCUAAUAAAACAGGGGGAAAUCCAAAUUUCUUCAAGCAAAGUCAUAGGUCCUGUACCAGGUGUUGAGGUUGGGGAUCGAUUCGAGUACCGGGUUGAACUGACUAUUGUAGGACUACACGGAAGAAUUCAACAUGGGAUUGAUUACAUGGAGUAUAAAGGGAAGUCUCUUGUUACUUGUGUAGUGGCUAAAGAAGGGUAUUUUGAUAAAAUGGAUGAUUCUCAGGUGAUCACUUAUACCGGGGAAGGCGGCAUUGCUAGGAACAAGGAGGGAGUUUUUCCUAAGGAUCAGAAGCUUGUUAGUGGUAAUCUUGCUAUGAAGAAUAGCAUGAUCGCCAAGAACGAUGUUCGUGUCGUGAGGGGGCUUAGGGUUGGAGCUAAGUUUAAGGAUGGGAGAUACGAUCCGAUUGCUUACAUCUAUGAUGGAUUGUAUAAGGUUGUGAGCUAUGAAAAGAAGAUAGGACCUUACAAGAAUUUUAUUUUUGAGUUUAAGCUAAAGAGGUGUCCUGGGCAGCCUUCUGUUCCUUGGUAUAAGUUCAAAGCUGCUUGA